AUUUAUUAAUCUGUAUUAAAAAGUUAUUUAUCAUGAAUGUCAUCGGUUGAAUGACAACACAUUUGUUGACAAGUGGAUCUGCGUCGUGUUGGAAAAAUUAGGUUCUCGCUAUGUUCAAAGUCAGUUCGCGAAAUAAAUAAAGAUUGGUCAUGGCUGAUAUCGAAGAAUAUAAACACCAGGAAUCGGAUAUCCAUGAGGAAGAAGAAUCUAGCAGAUCUAGUCUCCUCACACUUUGAGUGACAUAAAGAGUGAUCGGAGGGAGCUAAGAUGACGGGAGGUUUGGAUAGAAGCCUUUCAUCACGUGAUCAAGUGAUUGGCAGACUUAACUUGCAGAUCAACCAUAAACAUAUAAAAGAUCUAAUUGAUAUAGAAGAUAUUUCAGAAAAGCCAUCGCCGGCUAGCAAAGGUCCACACGGCGUGCAAGUGGUCAACACAGGUCCGGAGCAUACGUUCGUUCUUGAUGAAGAUGCUUUAGCCGAGUUGCUGCUGCAGGAUGACAUCAAGGAUAGAUCCGUUGUCGUCAUAUCCGUGGCGGGCGCUUUUAGGAAGGGCAAAUCUUUCCUAUUAGACUUCUUUCUACGGUAUAUGCACCACAAGUAUGGUUCCGGAGGCGGUGGGGAUUGGCUGGGGUCUGACGAUGAACCUCUCGGCGGGUUCAGCUGGCGAGGUGGUUCCGAACGGGACACCACCGGCAUACUCAUGUGGUCUGAGAUUUUCAAAGCCACACUGGAUGAUGGCGAGGAGGUAGCAAUAAUCCUUUUGGACACACAAGGAGCAUUCGACAGCGAAUCCACAGUACGGGACUGUGCAACUGUAUUCGCUUUGUCAACUAUGUUGUCCUCCGUACAGAUAUACAACCUUUCGCAGAAUAUACAAGAGGACGACCUCCAACAUUUACAGUUAUUCACGGAAUACGGACGAUUGGCGCUGGAAGAUGGCGGGAGGACUCCAUUCCAAAGACUUCAGUUCGUCGUACGAGACUGGAGUUUCCCUUACGAAGCGCCCUAUGGGGCCAGCGGAGGACAGGCUAUUCUCUCCAGAAGACUAAAGGUAUCGGACAAGCAGCAUCCGGAGCUGCAAUCUCUGCGCAAACACAUCACGUCAUGCUUCGGCGAGAUCGGGUGCUUCCUCAUGCCGCAUCCGGGACUGAGGGUCGCUACUAGUCCCACUUUUGAUGGACGACUUUCUGACAUCGAGGUGGAAUUCAAACGUGCCCUACAGCAGUUGGUGCCAAUGCUGUUGGCUCCGGACAACCUGGUGGUGAAGGAGAUCAACGGCCAACGAGUCAGGUCCAAAGACCUUCUACUCUACUUCAAAGCUUACAUGAACAUAUACAAAGGCAACGACUUGCCGGAACCGAAGAGCAUGCUCGUGGCGACAGCCGAAGCGAACAAUCUGACGGCCGUGGCAGAGGCGCGCGAAGUAUACACGACGCUAAUGGAGGAGAUAUGCGGUGGGGCGAAGCCCUAUCUCCAGGGCCAAUUAUUGGAGGCCGAGCACAAGCGGAUUCGGGAUAAGGCGCUCCACGCGUUCCGGGCCAAAAGGAAAAUGGGGGGAGACGAGUUCAGUCAGGCUUAUUGUCAGCAACUUACGCAGGACCUGGAAGACCAAUUCCAACAGUUCCGGGCUCACAACGAGAGCAAAAACAUAUUCAAGGCCGCGCGUACCCCGUCCGUGUUCUUCGCGAUCGCGCUCACGUUCUACGUCCUCAGCGGAGUCCUGGGGCUCGUGGGGCUCUAUCCUUUGGCCAAUCUCUGCAAUCUGUGCAUGGGAAUGGCCCUGCUGACGCUGGUCCUUUGGGCGUACAUCAGGUACAGCGGCGAAAUGAGAGAACUGGGCGUGACGAUAGACGAAGCCGCCAAUUGGCUGUGGGAUAACGUCAUGAAGCCGGUGUAUCAGGCCGGCCUGGAGAAAGGCAUGGAGCAAGCCGCCGCGGCGGCCGCCGAGAGGGUCUCCGCGCCCAUCGCCAACGGGAAGCACAAACAGUUGUGAUGUCGUCCGCCUUCGCUCCGCGAGCGCGCCGCUCCCUCGCCGGUCCGCCGGACGUCGGCCCCGAGGAGACGCUUCGAUACUUCGGCAGACCGGGGGCGGCCCCUCGGCGGCUCCGCCCCGGUCCGCCGACGACACUCCGGGCGACCGGACGAAAAUCAAACUGACCGGUGGCGGCCGGGCGCUCCCGAAAUGGCAAACGGGACGUUUCAAAGAUGUCUCCGGAGCCUCGCCGAAGAAGAGGCCGGCGAGAGAGGUCGCUCUCGCCUCGUCUCGGGCGGAGAGGCGUCGGCGGACUCUCGCGACGGCAGGACGCGUCGAACGUACGCCGUUUUGUACGUGGAGACGUUCACGGGCCUGGUUUAUUGUGUCGAAAUCUAUAGUUAUAUACGAAAUACAGGGACUACGAUUAGUGUUUUAAAGUUGUUUAAGCGGGCGGACUCGGUGUUUUGCGCAAAAUCGAUAGGAUUCCGUCGGAACGUCGGCGGAGGGAGAAAUAUUACUUAGUUCCGAAGUCGGUUAUUCCGGGGUGUGGUCGCGAGGCGUGGAACGUUUUCUGCGAUUUUCCAUUUUCUUAUUCCGGUGAAAGCGAGACGUCGCCCGGCUCGCGGAAGACUGGUGUUGCAAGUCACAAAAUAAACCAGGUUGUGAAUGAGGCAAUACUUGAAGUAAUUGCGCUUUUGCCAAUUUUCUUAACAUAUAGACUGCUCGGCGAGUUCGUUUAUGUGUAAAUAAAUAAAUAUGCAUAUUGCGGUACACACACACACACACAAUAUACAUUAAACGAUAGCCUAAUUGGAUCGACGUUCCCGGUGAAGUGAAGUUGGUGACGGGGUUUUGGGUUUUGUCCUGUGAAAUAAUUAAGUAAAUUAUAAAUAUAGUUAUUCCUCGAUUAAUCUGAUUUGACAUAAAUCAGAUAUAAUUCUCGUUUCUCGUUUCAGAUGUUGCAAUAUCCGAUCGAUGGGAAUUGAUUUGACUUUAAAAAUGUUUAUCGAAAAUUGUCAGUAAAGCGUGUAGAUACGAAACUUGGUUUUUAAGCACAAAUUUUUUAUGAGUCAAAUAGAUGGAGUAGCUCACUUGUUGCGUUGCACGUUGCCGUUAGAUGUACUUAAUAUUACGUUUGUCAAAAAAAAUCCAAAAAUAUAUAUUGAGGUGGUCAUUCUAUAUAACGCGCGUAAAUUUUGUUAUUGCAUUCGGGACUUUGUUGUUUUUUUUUUAGGAAUUAUUAGUUUUUCUUUGUUCCCGUCGUUGUCUGUACUCAAAAACCGACAUUGGCUCGGGAUUAUGAUAUGAAUAUCUGUUCCGAGUCUAGAUAAUUCCCAGAUAAUAAUAUUAUUCGCUUUAGUUUAAUGUUUUUAAUGUUUUAACUGUUUCGGUAAGGACGUUGUUUUAUUCGUGGGCUUUUUUGGAAUUAAAUACGUGGUUGUGUUUUUAUAUUAUAUGACCUGUUGAUUGCGUUACGAUUGUGGAGUUUUCCAUUUAUGUUUUAUUAUUUGCUCUCUUUCAUAUCUUGUAUCACAAUAUAUUUGCUUCUGCGCUAAAAUUAGUUCUAGCCGUCGACAGUUCGCCGCCGGCAAAGUGCUGAAAACGUGGAUAAUUUUAGAAAUCCCAUAGAAUUUUUACUUUUGACAGAUCCGUGGGGCAAUAUGGAAAAAUAUAGCUUUUGUAUGAUUGAUGUAAAUAACCGUAAGUGCCUGCUUUUGGGAGAAUCAGAUUUCAAAUUAAAUUUUUAUCCAAUUAUUAUGUGCCAAGCACGAACGAUAUCUCAGCUUUCAAAGGAGAAUUGGUUUUUAGCAUUCAUUAGCGACUUUCGGCUCUCGUUUCACCGAUGAAAACUGUAAUCUUGAAAUUUUAGUCCUUCAAGCGAUGAUGUCCCGAAAACGGUCCACUUACACGUAUCUAUUUAUGACAAUUUCACUUCUAUGUAUUAAAUGCUCCCACACAUGUGCCAAAAUGUGAUGUGGCCGCAGCGGCCGCUGGUUAAACGAUUUUAUGCUCAUGAAAGAAGUGCGGCGUUGACAGUGCUCGAACGACCGGCUGCCGUUUAGUGAAAUCAUGUUUUACUGUAUUUUAUAACAAUAAUGUUUCUUACUUUUUGAUAGUACGAACAGAUUUUAAUACAUUGUUAAUUUUAUUCGCUUUAUUAUCAAUUCUACUUUGUAAAUAAUGUCGACUCGAUGUCUGCACGUCUUGGGCGUGAUGAAAAGUGGGGAACGAAUUAUGUUUUUAAAUAAGACGUUAACUUUUCAUUAAACUAGUGUAGUUUUAAUUGUAGCCUAAAUUUUUGUUAAAAUCGUGGACCGUGUGUAAAUAUUAGAGAUUGAAAUAUACUCUCACGUUAAA